GCCCCUGCCUGCCUGCCCUGCCAGCUUCAGCCAUAUUGGAAAACCUCCGGCAGUCUCCAGCAGCAGCAGCAGCGGCAGCGGCAGCGGCGCUGGCUGUAUGAAACAUUACAGCUAACAGCUAACGUCACUGCCUGGACACCGACAGCCGGGCACGGCGCUGUUGUGGACAAAAACAGAUUGGGAGAGGGAACCCCAAACGGGCAAAUACAGCCACCUAGCUAGUCCUAACAGCAACCGGAAUAUAUUUAAAAUAAAACAAGACACUGGUUGGAGAAAGCAGCCGGGAUACCGAGGACUAGGUGCGGCUGGUCCACAGGGCUACAGAGGAUAUUUCCAGAAUAUCAUACUAUGCUGAAUAUGACAGCCAGUUAGCCCCAGCAGGAUCAUCUAAGUCAGGCAUGGCGUCGUCUUCCUACCUGGAACCCAACCUCAACCACUCCUCAGCAGGUGGUUGUGGGGUCAAGUCCCGGUCCGGUGGGCCUGGCGGCACAGGUGUUAGCACCAGCGGCUCUGCUGGAGGCCUGGAGCGCCCACCGGGCUCCAUGGACCGGGUUCUCAAGAUCUUCCAUUACUUCGAGACUAACAGCGAGCCGUGCACAUGGGCUAGUAAUAUCAGGCAUGGAGACGCUACAGAUGUCAGGGGCGUCAUCCAGAAGAUAGCCGAGAUCCACAAAUUGCGCUGUGUGUCCUCUCUGGGCCUCCGUCUGACACAUUUGCGCUCCGAGGCGCUCCAUUGGCUGCACCCUGACCUUGGCGUGUCUCACGUCCGGGAAAAGUACGAGAAGCAGCACCCCCAGGAGGAGUGGAGGUAUGAGUUACGGAUGCGGUACCUUCCUAAAGGUUACCUCAGUCACUUCUCUGAAGACAAACCCUCUCUCAACUACCUCUAUCACCAGGUCAAGAGUGACUACAUGCAACAUAUAGCUGACCAGGUGGAUCAAGAUGUCGCUUUGAAACUGGGCUGUUUAGAGAUCAGGAGGUUCUUCAGAGAGAUGCCAGGCAACGCCCUGGACAAAAAAUCCAACUACGAACUACUAGAGAAAGAUGUUGGUUUGAGACGGUUCUUCCCCAAGAGCCUGCUGGACUCCCUCAAGGCAAAGACUCUUCGUAAGCAGAUCCAGCAGACCUUUAAGCAAUUUGCUAACCUCAAUGAUGAGCAGAGCAUCCACAAGUUCUUUGAGAUACUCUCUCCUAUCUACCGCUUUGACAAGGAGUGCUUCAAAUGUGCUCUCGGGUCUAGCUGGGUUAUAUCAGUAGAGUUGGCCAUUGGGCCAGAGGAAGGAAUCAGCUACCUCACUGAUAAGGGCUCCACGCCUACCCACCUAGCUAACUUCACCCAGGUCCAGUCCAUCCAAUACUCAGCUAUGGAAGAGAAGGACAGGAAAGGCAUGCUGCAGCUCAACGUGGCAGGGGCUCCAGAGCCUCUCACAGUCACCACUGCAACGUUGACAACCGCAGAAAACAUGGCUGACUUGAUUGACGGCUACUGUCGGCUCGUCUCUUCGGCAACCCACUCCUUCAUUAUCAGGGUCCACAAAGAGGGAGACAGAGCCCUGCCUUCCAUCCCCAAAGUUUCAAAUCAUGAGAAGCGGAUGGAGAAGCGGAUGGACGGCGUUCGUACCAGAGCGGUUUGUGUCUCAGGUCACACUAGCGGCGAUGAAACGGAUGACUACGCUGAGAUCAUAGAUGAGGAGGACACCUAUACCAUGCCUUCGACACGGGACUAUGAGAUCCAGCGGGAUCGUAUUGAGUUGGGACGCUGCAUAGGAGAGGGCCAGUUUGGAGACGUCCACCAAGGAGUCUACAUCAGUCCGGAAAACCCCGCCCUGUCUGUGGCAGUGAAGACCUGUAAGAACUCAACAUCAGACAGCGUCAGAGAGAAAUUUCUCCAGGAGGCGUUGACCAUGCGUCAGUUUGACCAUCCCCACAUUGUUAAGCUAAUGGGAGUCAUCACUGAGAAUCCUGUGUGGAUCAUCAUGGAGCUCUGUACACUGGGAGAGUUGCGUUCAUUCCUGCAGGUGAGGAAGUACAGUCUAGACUUAGCAACUCUCAUCCUGUACUCCUACCAGCUCAGCACAGCACUGGCCUAUCUGGAGAGUAAACGUUUUGUUCACAGGGACAUAGCAGCACGGAACGUGUUGGUGUCCACAGUAGACUGUGUAAAGCUGGGGGACUUUGGUCUGUCACGAUACAUGGAGGAUAGCUCUUACUACAAAGCCUCUAAAGGUAAACUUCCAAUCAAAUGGAUGGCUCCUGAAUCCAUCAACUUCAGACGUUUUACCUCAGCUAGUGAUGUGUGGAUGUUUGGCGUCUGCAUGUGGGAGAUUCUGAUGUAUGGCAUCAAGCCUUUCCAGGGUGUGAAGAACAACGACGUAAUUGGCAGGAUAGAGAAUGGCGAGCGACUGGCUAUGCCCCCACAGUGCCCCCCUACUCUGUACAGCCUGAUGACCAAGUGUUGGUCGUAUGAUCCCAGCAAGAGGCCGCGCUUCACUGAACUCAAAACACAACUGAGCACUAUAUUAGAGGAGGAGAAGGUCCAGCAGAAAGAGAGGAGCAGGAUGGAGAUGAGGAGACAGGUCACGGUUUCCUGGGACUCCGGAGGUUCAGAUGAAGCACCACCUAAACCUAGUAGACCAGGCUAUCCCAGUCCUCGCUCUAGUGAAGGUUUCUACCCCAGUCCCCAGCAUCCUGGACACUACCAGAUGGCUGGGUACCCCGGCCCCCACACCCUCCCCUCGGUGCCCAGCGCCCUGUACCCCCCGCAGGCCGCCAUGCUGGACACACACCAUGCACACACACACCCUCGCCACCAUGUCCACACACACUCGCAUGCCCAGCACCUCCCCCAGCCCCAUGGGCAGGAAAUGAUGAUGUGGGGCUCUGCAGUGGAGGACAGGGCAGUAGACAUGCAGCAGUGUGUAGGCCAGCAGUGCCUGUUAAUGGAGGAACAGCUGAUGAUACAACAGCAGCAGAUGGAAGAGGAUCAGAGGUGGUUGGAGCAGGAGGAGAGGCUGCUGAAGCCAGACACCAGGAGCUCUAGAGGGAGUCUGGACAGAGAAGACUGUGGACUGCAGCCACCGGCAGGAAACCAGCACAUAUACCAGCCCGUUGGCAAGCCAGAGCAUGCAGCCCCCCCUAAGAAACCCCCCCGACCCGGAGCUCCCAGCCACCUGGGCAGUCUGGCCUGUCUAAAUACUGGAGACAGCUACAAUGACGGACUUAAGCUGCAGCCACAGGAAAUAAGCCCACCCCCCACAGCCAAUCUGGAUCGCUCCAAUGACAAGGUCUAUGAGAAUGUGACGGGAUUGGUCAAAGCUGUGAUCGAGAUGUCUAGCAAGAUCCAGCCAGCACCGCCAGAGGAAUACGUGCCCAUGGUCAAGGAUGUGGGUCUAGCGUUGAGGACGUUACUGGCCACAGUGGAUGAGACCAUUCCACAGCUUCCUGCCAGUACACACAGAGAGAUUGAGAUGGCCCAAAAGCUGUUAAACUCUGACUUGGCAGAGCUAAUCGGGAAAAUGAAGUUAGCCCAACAAUAUGUGAUGACAAGUCUCCAACAGGACUACAAGAAACAGAUGCUGACGGCGGCUCACGCCCUCGCUGUUGACGCCAAGAACCUGUUGGAUGUCAUCGACCAAUCGCGACUCAAGAUGAUGGCCCAGUCCCGCCCGCACUAGCCCCAAGCCAGCUGUGCUGAGCAAAAGGAGCUGGUCUGGGAUUGGAUGGAUAGCAUCGUCAUGGUUACCGUCAUCGGCGGUGAAUAAAAGAUUCAUAGGGCCCAUCGCGACUCCUGACAUGAGAACUAAUGGAGCCGACCGCUUUAUAUCAAAGGACUAUAUCAAUGGAGAAUCAACACCUCCCAUACCUUAACAACAGUCAGUGAGGAAUCAUUUCUGGGCCGCAAGGUUAGGGACUGCUGUGUGUACCAAGGUAGUCGAUUCUUUAGGAAUUGGACUCUCCACCACUGUGACUCUCUUAAUAGGAGAACAGAGCAAAAACAACUCCUGAAUCAGGGACUUGGCAGCUUCAGUCUCUCUGGCCUGGAAUGGAGCAGUGAGAAGGAGGAGGAGUGGAGAAGAGGGGUUAGGAGAAGGCUGGAAUACACCGGUGCUUCUUAAACUAUGGGUCUGGACGUGAAUGGGGCCAGGGCAGAAGACUGUUUUACUCAGUUGAGGUCCCAGGUCAGAAACUCUGAAAGAAACACUUUAUUUAUUAGUAGUGAUCCAGUCUGAGGCUGAGUUUAAUAUAUUUCCUGACUUUGUGGGACUAUGAUGUUUCUUGUGAUGUUAAAAUAAGAACAGGCACGCCCUGACCGUCUUCUCAAAACCUAGAAACUUCAACUCAACACCCAUAUGAAUAACGUACAGAGUGCACUGGACGUCCCCCAGCAGUUGUGUUAGUACCUUGUUUGUAACAUAUGAUAUAUCCCCUGGAUGUGAAAUACCUCUUCGUUGCCAUGGAUGCUGUCCAACGGGCAGAUCAGAUGAGAUGUUGUGUAUUCAGCUUCGGUGAAGGCAGCUGGUUCGAGAAGACAAACCAAAUCCACAGUUCAGGACAGUCAGAAAUUUGGCCAUACGCUCGCAGCACGCCGCCUCCCUCCCUGCACUGCUCCUCCCUCCUCUCUCCCGUCUAUUCCAGUCUUCCUCCAUUUGCAGCAGGUUUUACAGACUCCAAAAUUAAAGAGGAGGAAGAGGGAAAGGAUGGAGGGACGGGAAGAGCGGAACAAACCUCAAGGACAGUCUUGCCCGGGACAACCCCCUGACGAACAUAACCCCCUCCCCCCCUUUGUCUCUUCCGCCCUCCCUUCCUUCCUUCCUGCCUGUUCUCCUUCUCCUCUCUUCCUUUCCUCUCUCCCUGCCUCCAUCCCUCUGUACUGCAGUCUUCCUCAGCUCCUGUGUGAGCAGGUUUUCAAGUCUCCCAACUGUGAAGAAGCCAACGUUGUCUGGUAGACACUGCAGACAGGAUACUCUCUACACACACUCAUCUAGCCGACUCUUUCCACUGGCUGGCUCCAUUUCUUUUUGUGUUGGCUCAGACAGUGUCUCCUUCCUCCAGUCUGAAAGCAUCGGGUUUGUAACUUGGGUUACAGGCAGAUACACAAUCCCAGCAUUGACUGGGCGAAAAAGAGAAGAGGGUGGACUCUGAGUGACUGGAUGCUUCCUGUUCAUUGAGGAGAAAGAAGGAGCGGACCUCGUCAUGGGCACAAUCAUGUUGGCAUGUACAGGACUUGUGUUGUCUCUCUAAUGCAAAAUGUUCCAGACUAGUCACUGAGCACGACUUAAACUGCACUUCUGUCUGCCUGAUGGCCGCCUCCUCUUCGUUCUUUCUCCUCGCCCACAAUCCCACACCCACCCAGUCGUUCUCAGAGGCCCCUGCUUCAAACUGACACACAGACUGGUGACCCACUAUUUAAUUUCUCCCCACCAUUGGUGUCACAAAGUGGAGGCGCCCCCAAGGGGAAGAAACAAACACGAGAUGUGGAACCACACAACUGGAACCUAUAUGUGCUUUGAGUCCCAAGUUUCUGUCAGGUGUUACCACUUUAAAACUGUCCCCUUGCAUCUGAUGUCACCCCUUUGAAACAGUCCCGUGGGAAACAAUCACACGCAGGAAAUGUGGAACCACGUUAACUGGAACUUUUCCUGUCUUGCAGACACACAACACUGAACUGAAAACACAGCCGCACAGCACACCUGUCUUUGUUAAUACCGACCCCACUUGGAGUAUUACAUACUGCUAUAUGAAAUGCACUGGUGACCACACUAGUAUAGCAUAAUAUACUGAUAUGAAUGAACAGUGGAUAUGCACAGCAACAAAAAAGAUCCUUUGUUUUAACCCUGUCUUACCAAGACUUGAUUUCCAAGUCUAGCCAGCAAUGAAACUAUGAAAUAUCUUACUAUAAUUGGGAUAAAAAAAAUAUAUACAUAUAUGUAUAUCUUGCUUUAUUUCUUUGUUGUUGUAUAAUUUUACCCAUAUUAGUAUAUUAUGAGCUAUACUGGUGUGCCUCACCAGUAAACUGUACAGGACUCCUACUAGUAAACACUGGUUUUUAUUUUGUCUUCUGGGCUACGUCAGCCAUCUUGUCAAAUAGGAGGAGAAAAAAAUGAUGAAAUAAAAUAAUGCCAAAAUG